GGAAGCGUGCGGCCGCGGGAGCCAUGGCGGCGGCAGCGGCGGCUGCCCAGGUCCUUGCCCGCGGUCCGAUGGCGCGGCUGCGCCUCCUGUGCCAGCGCUACCAGGAGUACGUGAGGCGGCACCCGGCCGCCACGGCCCAGCUGGAGGGCACCGUGCGGGGCCUUUCCUACCUGCUGCCAGGUCGCUUCUCGGACUCCCACGCGUUGUCGGAGCUGGUGUACUCUGCCUCCAACCUCCUGGUGCUAUUAAAUGACUGGAUUCUCCGAAAGGAGUUGCAGCGGAGCCUGCCUGUGUCGCUGCCCCAGCAGAAGCUGCUGACCUGGCUGAGCGUGCUAGAAUGCGUGGAGGUUUUUGCAGAGAUGGGGACAGCCAGGGUGUGGGGGGAGAUGGGCCGGUGGACCAUCAUUGUCCUCAUCCAGCUGGCUAAAGCCAUCCUUCGUCUCCUGCUUCUGCUGUGGUACAAAGGUGGCAUCCAGAUGUCUCCUCCCAUUGUGCCACUCAACAGGGAGCAGCAGCAGCCUCUCUACCCCCAAGAUGCAGAAGACAGCUCCUUGGGGAAGGAUCAGACCUAUAUUGGCAAACGUUCCAGCCGUGUUGUGCGUUCUCUCCACAACACCCCAUCCCUUCAGUCCCGGCACUGGGGGUAUCCCCAGCAGAGGGAGGAGUCUCAGAGCCGACGAGCGGAGAUAAACCAACCCCCCACCUCUCUGGGCCUCCAAGAAACCAUAGCAGAAUCAAUCUACAUUACCCGCCCACUGCUCCACUUAUUGAGUUUAGGAUUAUGGGGCCAGAGAUCGUGGAAACCCUGGCUCCUCUCAGCAGUCCUGGACAUUUCAAGCCUGAGCUUGCUGAGUGACCUGAAAGACCUGAACAGGCGAGAGCGAGCAGAGCUGAGACGAAGGACCAUCCUACUGCUGUACUACCUCCUGAGAUCUCCUUUCUAUGACCGAUACUCAGAGGGCAGGAUCCUUCUCCUUCUGCGCUUGUUGGCUGAUUAUGUGCCUGGAGUUGGCUUUGUCACACGGCCAUUGAUGGACUACUUGCCUGCUUGGCAGAAAAUCUACUUCUAUAACUGGGGCUGAUGGGAAGAUGAUUGUUUUCUGCUGAGAUCAUGGCUGGACCUUUCUAAGGAAGGCAAACAGUCUGGGAGAGGGAUGUUGAUAAUGUCUGUAAUUUUCAGUUAAAUGAUCAAUGAGAAGCUCCCGUUCUGUUCUGCAGUGUGGGGAAGGGGAGUAUAUAUAAAUUUUUUUAGCAGAUCUGGCUGUGAGCAAUGGACUCAACAUGCAUGGUGAUACCAUGGCCACCUCUUUCUCUGGACCAUUCCACAGCUGCAGCAAUGGCGACGUGACAAACUUUUUUUUUUCUUUUCUUUUCUUUUCUUUUUUUUUUUUCUUCCUUUUUUUUUUUCUUCCUUUUUUUUGUUUUGUUUUUUUUUUUGUUUGUUUGUUUGUUUGUUUGUUUUUCUUUUCUUUUUUUCCUUUUUUUUUAAAGCACUUGCUGUUUCUUCUUUUGUAUGGCUACACUAUGUUAAAGCCAGGCAGCACAGUGGUUUUUUGGAGAGUUUCCCACCUCAUGGCAUGGAGACUGACCUGCAGCUUGCUUGUCUUGGCUCUGCCUGGCUGAUUUGCUUGGAGUGGACUCUUCUGUCAAAUAAACUGAAUGGAAAGGACCGA